AAAUUACAAUCGUUUAAACAAACUGAGCAGAGGAAAAAUCAAACCCACGAUAAAUCACCAAUGAAAUCAAACUUUUCUAAAUUUUAACAAAAACGUUAAAAAAACUAAGUUUUCUCCCUUUUCUGGGAUAAUUCUCUCACCUACAUUUCUUUGGAAACUUUGCCGUUGUAUUUUUUCUUCCCUUUCCUUUUAUAUAUAUCCAUCCCGCAGUAUCUUCUUCUCAUGUUUCGUUCUAUUAGCACUGUUAACAACCAUGAAACGGGUAUCUUCCGCUAAUGUUUUCAGUACCAUCGCCACAACGACCCUUCUUACCUCUCCUUAUAGACCUCCCGAUAAGGGUAACUGCAAAAGCAACAACGUUAAAGUUAUGGGUAAUAAGAAAACAGGCGUUCAUGGCAAUGUUGCUGAUUAUCACGUUUUUAAUGGCGGCGUUCAUUCUGGGAAACCCUCUUUUAUGAAGUGGACACUCAAUGACGUUGUUAACGUGGUGAGAUCUCAUCGGAUACCCUGUGUUUUCGCGGUGGGGAUGGCGUUUUUCAUGUACGUGGAGUACACGAUCCGGAUGGUGCCUCAUUCCUCGCCGCCCUUGGACUGGGGGUUCCUCCUCACCCACUCUUUCCAUCGCGCGUUGGCUUCGCGGCCGCUACUUAACACGGUUUUAGCAGCUCUUAAUACGGUGUUCGUUCUGAUGCAGACAGUUUAUAUAGUAUGGGCAUGGGUAAUCGAGGGUCGGCCAAGGGCUACAAUCUCUGCUUUGUUCAUGUUUACAUGUCGUGGGAUUCUUGGUUGCUCAACGCAGCUCCCAUUACCUCAGGAAUUUUUAGGGUCUGGGGUAGAUUUUCCAGUAGGGAAUGUGUCGUUUUUCCUUUUCUUCUCAGGGCACGUAGCCGGAGCAGUGAUUGCAUCGUUAGACAUGAGACGAAUGCAGAGACGGGGAAUGGCUUGGUUAUUUGACAUUCUCAAUGUGCUUCAAUCACUCAGGCUGUUAGCUACCAGGGGUCACUAUACUAUUGAUUUGGCUGUUGGCCUUGGUGCUGGAAUUUUAUUUGAUUUUCUUGCUGGUAAAUAUGAACAAAGCAAGACAACGAAAACGUCCACUUUCUCUCGUUCCAUGAAAGAGAUUUGUUAACCCUUCACUCUUUUAAUGAUUUCCGGAUUUAGAUGCUACUCAGCAAGCUUCAUAUAUGUAUAUAUUUUCUAUCAUACUGUAAACAUUAUCAUCUGGCAUUGGUAAAUGGCAAACACAAAACUCUCGCAAA